CAGCGUCACCUGCCGUCUCAGAGCCAAGAGUAACUCAGAGGAGUUACUCUUGGGGAGGAGGAGGCCUGGAGAGCGGAGGUCACCAACUCACUGUACAGAGGGCAGGCUCAGGAGUGAUCUGAGCCUGGGGGGAAAGGAAUCCUGCCCUGUCCAGGUCUCAGGGAUGGUGCCUGCUGGCAGGUGGCAGUUCAGGGCAGCUGAGUAACGGAGACAGGCAGAGCCCCCCUGGAUGGGCUGUUAGGCACAGGGCGCUGGAGAUACAGCGAGGAGACAGGACACAGCUGGACAACAGGGGGCAUGGAGAUGGAGCUCACAGAGAUCAAAGCUGUGAUCACGGGGGACGGUGGCUGCGGAAAGACUUCCCUGCUCAUGGUCUUCGCCAAGGGGGAUUUCCCCAAGGUCUAUGUCCCCACAGUGUUUGAGAAGUACUCUGCCUCUUUCCAGAUUGGCGGCAAGCCGGUGCAAAUCAAUCUGUGGGACACAGCGGGGCAGGAAGAUUAUGACAGGCUCCGUCCCCUCUCCUACACAGGAGCCCACGUGAUUCUCAUGUGCUUCGAUGUCACCAGUCCCAACAGCUUCGACAACAUUCUCACAAAGUGGUACCCGGAGGUGAAUCACUUCUGCAAGGGCGUCCCCAUCGUGCUGGUGGGCUGCAAGACUGACCUGAGGAAGGACAAGGUCCUUCUAAGGCAGCUCCACAAGGACCAGCUGGAGCCCAUCACCUACCAUAAGGCAGAGGCCAUGGCCCGGGAGGUGCACGCUGUCACUUACCUCGAGUGCUCCGCCAAGUACCAGGAGAACAUCACCAACAUCUUCAUGGAGGCCUCCAGCGCCGCCUUGAGCGCCAUGCGGAAGAGCCAGCGCAAACAAAAAACGAAGAGGAGCUGCCUGCUCUCCUAGUCACCUCCAUACUCCUCCAGGGGACACCCCAGUGCCCUGCACCCAUCCCAGGGCCAGUUCCGCUCUCCAGCAUCUCCAUGGGCAUCGGGUCCAACUCAGCAGGAACUGACAGGGCAGAUCUUGCCCUCCUCGCAGCAGGCAUCACUGGGGAUGAAUGAUGCCACAGGAAGGGCAAAUACCUCCCUCACA